UUCUGGCUGUACUAUCAUCUAUCUGAUGAUGGGACAAUAAAAAAUUGCGGAGGGGGAUACUCUUUUUGGUAUAAAUAAUGUUUGGCGUUUUCUAAGAGUUAGUAAGAAGUUUGAUUACACAUUAACCAUGAAAUCGAUUUUUGUUAUUAUUGCUGCACUUUGUGCCACAUGCUACGCUCAACAACUAGCAACUAAGGAACCUAUUCCAAUUGUCAAAUACAUCAACGAAGGUGUAGGACCUGAAGGCUCCUACCAAUGGGGAUAUGAAACCGGUAAUGGUAUUGCUGCUGAAGAACAAGGUCAACUCAAGAACGCAGGUACUGAAAACGAAGCCAUUCAAGUACAAGGAUCAGUCAAAUGGACUGCUGAAGAUGGAACACCAAUCCAGCUCACAUACAUUGCUGAUGAAAAUGGUUUCCAGCCACAAGGAAGUCAUCUCCCAACACCUCCACCAAUUCCAGCUGCCAUCCAGAGGUCUUUGGAAUGGAAUGCCGCUCAUCCUCAAAAAGAGGAUAAACCAAGCAAAUUCUGAAGUUGAAAGCUCCAAUCUUUGUUUUUAUAAACGUUUUGUACAUAAUGUUGAUAAUGUGUUCAAAAAAUAAAUACUGCAGCUGUGAAUGAUAUCAA